GAUGACAGCAGAGCCGAAACGGAGUCCAUUUCACUCAGCAGCUUUUUCUGAAAUGUUUGGUCUGCUUUAUGGAAAUAUAUAAGGAGCGACUAAAAACUCGAGGGACGUGCCAAAUAACUUUAUUCUGUCUAUCCUGCGUCUUUCAAACUCAUCAUGUCUAGGAGAAAAGUGAGGGGACUCACUCGAACCGGGCGCCAGGUAAGCGAGGAUCCGGAUCUCGACAACUUGCUGUCAAACCUGUCGCCUGAAGAGAUGGAGGAGCUACAAAAGGAGGUGUCGACAGUGCCGGACCCAGACCCGAGUGAGAUUAUCGUAGUAGAACAAACCGAUUUAAAACAAACUAUUCCUAAUAAAAGAGAUUCCACCUUGAUCAAUCACGGCGAGUUAAAGACAGGUUUCCAAAGAAACCUCUCCACCGAGGGGGAGCCCAGAAGGGAAAGUCGGAAACAAGAAUAUCUCAGAAAAAUGGGCCUGAGUCAAGAGACAAAUGUUUCCAGUAAUGACAGCAAAGAAGGAAGCCAUUCCAUUUUCAAUGCCCCUGUUCAGCAAGUGAAUAAUAUGGAGGACAAGAACACAAGCACCACACAGCAUUCUAAGGAUGAUAGGGUAAUGCAAUUCAAGAGGAGUAAGGAAAGUGAAAUGAAAUUUGAGGUCAAGGUGAAAGAACAGAAUCAUGAUGAUAAGCACAAAGAUAAAUGUGACAAAAAAGAAGGCAUCAGCAAGACAAAAGAGUUGAUAUCCAGGCUUCAAGAACAAAAAGAGGUUUGUAAGGAGAAGGAGAAAAGAGAUGAAAGCUGGAAGAGAGAAUCAGGAGACAGCAAGACAAGAGAGAUGAUUUCUAGGUUACAAGGGAAGCAGGUGAAAGAAGAAAAAAGAGAACAUGGAAUGAGAGCAGAAAUAAGCAAAAGACAGAGUAGAACAAAAAGCCUUGGUUUAGGGGGAAACCAAAAUUUGGUUGUUGAGAGCAAACAACAGGAAAGCAGCAGGGUAGAUGACAAAGAGAAGACAGAUGAACAGGUAGAAAUAGUUAGAUUAGUUAGCAAUGGUGAAAAAGAAAUUGUUCUAAAGGAUGCUAGGAAAAAUAUUGAAAGUAUAGAUAAAGAGAGUGAUAAAAAGAAGAGGGAAACAGAUAUUAAUGAAGUGAAGGAAGUAUUAAAAAUGCGUUCUGUUGACAUUGGAAAAAAGAAACCAAAAGCCCAAAAUGAGAUCCAAAAUGAAACACCUGAAUCCACCAAAAAAGAAAUGGUUGGAAAUUGUGUGGCAGAAAAUAACUCAAACACCAUGUCUAAAGAACAACAGGAGGAAGAUGAGACUGCCUCUAUGUUUGCAGAAGAUCUAGAGAGACUUCUAAGCAAUGAUCCCAGCAUGACUGAGGUCAAUGUCAACAAUUCAGAAGUCAUCAAUGUCAAAACCCUCAUUCAAUUUGCUGAAGCACUAAAAAACAACACACAUGUCAAGACAUUUGCCCUUGCUAACUGCCGUGCAGAUGAUCAUGUGGCCUAUGCUAUUGCAAGCAUGCUUUCUAGCAAUAAAAUCAUCACUAGUAUCAACAUGGAUUCUAAUCUUCUCACCAACAAGGGCAUCAUGGCACUGGUCCAAGCUCUCCAGUACAACACUUCCCUAUCUGAGCUUCGCUUUCAUAAUCAGCGGCAUAUCUGUGGAGGCAAGACAGAAAUGGAGAUGACAAAGAUUUUGAAGGAAAACACAACUCUACUCAAACUGGGCUACCAUUUUGAAUUGGCUGGUCCACGCAUGACCAUGACCAACAUACUCAGUCGUAACAUGGACCGGCAGAGGCAGAAGAGGUUGCAGGAACAGAAACAGACCACAGCCCAGGAAAUUGGAGAUAAGAAAGACUCACUGAAGGUCCCACAACCUGGCUUCAAAAAAGGUUCCCCAAAACACUCACCAAAGCCAUCUCCUUCUCCAUCUCCUGCACCAUCCCCCAAGUUGACCCCAAAGGCCUUUAAAGGACCUGGUGGUCCUCCACUUCCACCACCUGGAGGUGUACCACCACCACCACCACCAAUUCUAGAUGGUGAAUUCCUGAAGAAUUCUCUGACCCCUAUGUCACAGAGAAAGCUUGAGGACAGGACUGGAGGCCGAGGUGGGGGUCUAAAUUCAAGGGAUCAACUUCUAGCCUCUAUAAGGGGUGCCAAUAUUAAACAGUUAAAAAAGGUUGCAUUACCAAAACUACUGCAAUAAUCAGACAGGGAAAAGUUAAACACAAAGUGACGAACAGGUGGCAGACAUCUCACCUUGUGAAGAGCAGGCCUUGGCAUCUUCUACAUUGAGUGUACUAUGGCCUAUAAGGCAGGCAAGGAUGUGUUUGUUGAAUACAGUAUAAUUCUGUAGGAUACAGCUUCAGCCCAGUUUUCUGUCAUGAUCUAUGGAAAGGAAUGGAAGCCUGGUACAGACAUGGUGCUCAGAGUUUAAGAGUUCCAGACCGUGUUGAUAUUUGCACUAAGUGAAAUAAUACAUGUAAGAAAACUGAUGUGUGUGUUACAGGAUAUGUGUCUAUUUGUUUAUGGAGAGCUUGGCAGGCAGGAAAUCUUAUUGUAACGAAAUUGGAACUCAAAUAUUUUUGUUAAGCUGCAGCUGACAUUUAAAAAAUAUGGAAUGUGUAAUGAUUUUUUCUUUAAAAAAACACACAUACACAUGCACACACACACACACACACACACACACACACAUAUAUAUAUAUAUAU